AUGGCUCCUUUUUUAUGCCCUUCCAUGCACCUGUGCAAGCUCUCUGAGGCUAUCCAUAUCUUGCUCCGUGAUAGUCUUACGCUUGAGGAAAUCAAGCGUGCAGAAGAACUUCUCCACAUGUUCGUGGGUCGUGUGGAAGCCCUCUGCGGAGUGACUGCCAUGACCUUUAACGUGCACCUUCUUGUUCAUCUUGCGAACUCUGUCCGUCACCUGGGGCCACUCUGGGCCCACUCAGCCUUCGUCUUCGAGGGUGGGAAUGGAAAACUUGUGAAUCUUGUGUCAGCAGCCAAGGGACUUCCUCAACAAGUUGUAGAACGUGUGGUGAUGAUGCAGGAAUUGGAGCUUUUGCUUUCCACUCACAAACUGCCGGCAAGGGAGGAGCAGAUCUGCCGAGGCUUCCUCGGUUACAUGCCGAUUCAAAACGCUUGCCGGGUGAAUGAAACGACGACACUUGGCUGUGGGCAACCCGCCAUUAUGAGCAGUGAGGACACGUUUGCUCUCCAGCAGCACUUUGGAGCAACUGUAAGCAGUGCUACGGAGUACCAGAGAUGCGUCAUAAAAAAUCAAGUGUACCAUAGCACUUCCUACACAAGAGCCACCCAAAGUGACACCACUUUUGUCUCCACGCAUGAUGGACAUUACUUUAAGAUUUUGAAAAUUGUGGAAGUAGUUUUGGCAACUGGUUCUUGCUGCGUCCUCCUUUGCAAGAAAGUGGUUCUGAGGGAAUUGCAACAGCUUCCAGAGCACAUCAAGGAGUGCUUUCUCUCAGAAAGAAGCACUGUUUGCUGUGUGGAGCCCUGCAAUGUCAAAAGCAGCUGUGUUUACAUUGAAUUCAUAUCGGAUAGCAAGUCCUUCAUCUGUGACCUCCCAAAUGUUAUAGAGCGCGAUUAG